GGCUUCGCCGAGGAGGCUCGGCUUCGCGGAGGAGGCACGGGAAGGGUUGUGACCAGGCCUGAGACGUGCGGGGAACGAGAAGGGGCCGGAAGGGGGCGGCCACCGGCCCGGCCCCACCCCGGGGCCGCCUCCCCGCGGGUUCCGUUGGCUGUGGCGGCGGCUGAGGCUGUGGCGGCCGCGGGGCGGGCGUAAGAUGGCGACAGCGGCGGCGGGCGCCCUGGGCCUGCUGUGGGGCUGGCUGUGGAGCGAGCGCUUCUGGAUGCCCCAGAACGUGAGCUGGGCCGACCUCGAGGGGCCGGGCGACGGCUACGGCUACCCGCAGGCCCGGCACAUCCUCUCGGUGUUCCCGUUGGCGGCAGGCGUAUUCUCCGUGCGGUUGCUCUUCGAGCGGUUUAUUGCCAAACCCUGUGCACUCCAUGUUGGCAUCCAGGACAGUGGUCCUUAUCAGCCCCAACCCAAUGCCAUCCUUGAAAAGGUGUUCAUAUCUAUUACCAAGUAUCCUGAUGAGAAAAGGCUGGAGGGCCUGUCAAAGCAACUGGACUGGGAUGUCCGAAAAAUCCAAUGCUGGUUUCGCCAUCGGAGGAAUCAGGACAAGCCCCCAACACUCACUAAAUUCUGUGAAAGCAUGUGGAGAUUCACUUUUUAUUUAUGUAUAUUCUGCUACGGAAUUAGAUUUCUUUGGUCGUCACCUUGGUUUUGGGACACCCGACAGUGCUGGCAUAGCUAUCCAUUUCAGCCUCUCACAAGUGGGCUUUAUUAUUAUUAUAUCAUGGAAUUGGCCUUUUAUUGGUCUCUAAUGUUUUCUCAGUUUACAGACAUUAAAAGAAAGGACUUCCUGAUCAUGUUUGUGCAUCACUUGGCCACCAUUGGGCUCAUCACCUUCUCAUAUAUCAACAACAUGGUUCGGGUAGGAACUCUGGUCAUGUGUCUACAUGAUGCCUCAGACUUCUUACUGGAGGCAGCCAAGCUGGCCAAUUAUGCCAAGUAUCAGCGCCUCUGUGACACCCUUUUUGUGAUCUUCAGUGCUGUUUUUAUGGUCACUCGUCUAGGAAUCUAUCCAUUCUGGAUUCUGAACACAACCCUCUUUGAGAGCUGGGAGAUGAUUGGGCCCUAUCCCUCCUGGUGGCUCUUCAAUGGCCUUCUCCUGAUCCUACAGGUUCUGCAUGUCAUCUGGUCCUACCUAAUUGCACGAAUUGCUUUCAAAGCCUUGAUCCGAGGAAAGGUGUCUAAAGAUGAUCGCAGUGAUGUGGAGAGCAGUUCAGAGGAAGAAGAUGUGACCACCAACACAAAAAGCUUCUGUGGCAGCAGCUCCAGCAAUGGUGCCAAUUGGGUGAAUGGUCACAUGGGAGGCAGCUGCUGGGCUGAAGAGUGAAAUGGUUGGUAAGGGGACUUAAGCACAUGGACUUGUAGGGCCACCGGCCACCUACUCUUCUUGGGCCUCCCCAAACCUGCACUCCUGUGACUAGGGAUCUGCAGGCACUGAGGAGAAUCAAAGAAGCAACUAUUUUCACUUUUUUAAAAAACUCUGCCAUUUUGUAUUUAAUAGCCUCCAGGUUCUUUCAAUAAUAUUUGGUGUGUGUGUGUGUGUGUGUGUGUGUGUGUGUGUGUGCGCGUGCGUGCGCAUAUGCAUGAGUUUCAUUACCUGGGUUGGGGCACAAAUCUGAACUGGGGCCUCUAGCCUUGCCUGGCCCACCUCAAUCCCGGAUUUGGCUGCAUCUUGAAUUAUACUGAUUCGGGACUAUCACCUCCUUUGUUGCCCAUGACUCUUGAGGCUCUGGCCAUCUGAAUGGAGCAGCCAGGUUGUUUCUGCGCUGUUCUUCCUUCAGAGCUGGAAUAUUUCACAUGAAGUUGUGUAGAAACAGAUAACCAUGGAUGGAUGGCCAGGAUUGCUGUGACCCCUAGCUAGAUCUCCUUCCUACCACCUGGUAGUGACAGGGACAGCUGCUGAUAACCCUGCUCUUUACUCAAUGGUAUAUAGGGAGUGGGGGGUGGGAGAGGGUGAGCAGAGGGCUGAAGGAGGACAACAGCCACUGGGUGAGCUGUUAACAGUUUAUACUAUUGUUUACUCUUCUGUGAUUAAAAGUGCUUCAACCCUC